AUGAAAGCCAACUACCAAAAUUUCCCUCAACAAAUCGAAAUUAAAAGAGGGUGCCGUAUCGGAAGAAAGUAUGUCUUACUCGAUUCGGUGGCUAAUGAGACGAGGGCAGUAUGUAUGCUCAAAUUGUAUUGUGCUCUUUUGUUCAGUCUUUAUGUUUGCCAAUCUGUUCAUCGGAAUCUAGAAAAGCAAGAGUGUUCUAUAUCGGAAGCGGAUGCUGUCGAAUACUCCAACUGUCGCGAAAAAAUGCAGUGGAUGGAGAAAGAAUGGCGAACACACAAAUGUUAUGCAUUUUAUGGCGUAAAUGGAACAUCCUACCUUUCCGAGGUCGAGAAGUAUUGCCCGGUUUUGUCAUGGCGAAAGAUUGUAAAAAAUGGCACUGCAAUUUCUCCUGAGAAUAGAAAUCCCGAGAUGAAACGAAUUCUGUCAGGACUUUUAAAACUUAUGUUUGAUAAUGAAUUAAAUUAUAAGUUUAUAAGGACCCGGAUUACUCUUUUGUGGCCUAAGUGGUUGAGUGCGUACAAUGAAUUAAUGAUCAAGUGGCCAAAAGUCGUGUCUCUACAACGAAAACUGAAUAUAAUCAUGCAUAUGGGCUCCCUGAGUAGGGAAUCUGGUUUCAAAUUCGGCCAGCUAUCAUCAACAGGUGGGCCACUUGGAGAACUUGUGCAGUGGUCUGAUUUGAUUGCAGCACUUUAUCUUUUGGGCCACAAUCUUAUGAUCUCUACUGAAGUUAGGACACUGAAAAAAAACAUAAAAAAAAUCGAUGAUAUAUGUCCUUGUCCGCUUCAUGAUAGAGAAGUAAUUAAUCUCCUUUUCACUGAUAUCGUUGGCCUCAAAUAUCUUCGUGGAAAAAUGAAAGAUUUUUUUAACAGAAUGAAAUGUAAGCUACGAAUUCUAGAUUCGUUCGGCACGCAUGCAGAAUUCAAUUCUCGAAUUUAUUUUGCUGCUCAUAAAAAUUUACUGGGUGGGUCAAGAAAAAAUCCGUGGGGUAACCAUCAGUUAGAUUUGCAGCAGUUCAUGACGAUGUACCCGCAUACAGAUGAUAACACAUUUCUCGGAUUUGUAAUGGAAAUGGAUCCAGUUAAGCAAGAUAUCAAGAAAAAUAAUAUUACGUUGGUCCUGCGCCAUUGGAAGCUAUUGCAAACGGUGUUGUUUUCAUCAGUCCUUCGUUUAAUCCGCCGAAAUCUCGGAAAACAUCCGAUUUCUUCAAGGACAAGCCAACAUGUUCGACUGGACUUUAGCAAGUUGCAUUGCUGA